GAGAGUUGGCGCUCUGCAAAUGUUGGAGUGUGUGUCUGCGCGCCUCUGUGUGUGCGCUCUCGCUGGAGCUGUGGCAGCGGUGUACAGUAGCAUGGCAGACUGCAGUAAAUACACAGUUGAAGAGGCGGGGUUUGACAUCUCAGCUCUGAAAACAUCUCUAAUCCAGUAUUUCAGGUGCCGAAGUCGACCGAGCGACCAUUGCUCACUACCGCCGCGCGUGAGCGAACUGCGGCAGAAACGCACACCUCGUUAAACAAAACGGAAUACAUCGCAAGUGGACGGAGACCGGCUGCUUGGGGUCCGGGUGGGAUUUCAAAGAAACAAAGAAACACAACUACACCCUGAGUGAGGGAAGUUUCAGCGGCGGCUCCGACAACACUUUGUUCCUGGUUGGUGUUGUAGUUUCCGACGUCUGUUUCUGUCCCUGAAGUAGAUUUUAACAAGCGACUCCAACAACGACUCCUCAGCACCUCCCCCCGAAACUCAACACAAAUACUUCAACUCUUCUCCCCACAGGAGGAUAUUACAGCACUCGGAGUUAUUAUUGUCUGCAAGCUUUCUGCCCCUCCUGGAAAAGUCUUUACAAUGGAUGAACGUCUCAAAGUGGCGUUUGACUGCAGCUGAAUUUCUUAUUUCAUCAGGACCAUGUGGCGACAUUUGCUCACAGGGGUCUGUGUUCCCUUCUGAAGAUGUUGUGAAGCCGAGCCUUCAAGACCAAAGGAUGACAGAGGCGUGCUACUUCGAAACCAAAUCACAUUUUAUCACAAGUGUCAGAACGCUGAUCAUCAAAGGCUCCCCCAUACAAAGACUUGGAUUGUAACUUCUUUUUUUUUGUGUUAGCUUUUAAUUCUUUUUUUGAGAAGCAGAUUGAAUAUAAGGAGCUUCUACAUGUGCUGCAGAAAUGGACUAGAAGCCCAUGUGUAGCAGGGCAGCUGCUGCAGCUCGUGGAAUUACUUAGCCCCCAUCUCCCUCAUCCCCCUUCCUGUCGUCUUCUGACUAACCCACCUGUCCAAAAGCAGACCCCACUAUCCAAUGGCAUGGGUCAAGUUCUUCAGGAAGCCGGGGGGCAAUCUGGGGAAAUCAUACCAGCCGGGGAGCAUGCUGUCUCUGGCCCCCACCAAAGGACUGCUGAACGAGCCGGGCCAGAACAGCUGCUUCCUCAACAGCGCAGUGCAGGUACUAUGGCAGCUGGACAUCUUCAGACGCAGCUUGAGGCAGCUACCUGGACACUUCUGUCUGGGAGAAUCCUGCAUCUUCUGUGCAUUGAAGGGAAUUUUCUCCCAGUUCCAGCACAGUCGGGAGCGCGCCCUGCCCUCCGACAACCUGCGUGUCGCCUUGGCAGAGACCUUUAAGGACGAGCAGCGCUUCCAGCUGGGCUUCAUGGAUGACGCCGCAGAAUGCUUUGAGAACAUUCUGGAGAGGAUCCAUCUGCACAUUGUGCCGGAGGAGACAGACGCCUGCACUUCAAAGUCUUGCAUCACGCAUCAGAAGUUUGCUAUGACGCUUUAUGAGCAGUCUGUGUGUCGUAGCUGUGGGGCAUCCUCUGACCCACUGCCGUUUACAGAGCUGGUGCAUUAUGUCUCCACCCUCGCACUCUGUCAACAGAUGCUUCAUCGCAAGAGCGAGUCUUUUGGGGAACUGUUACAAGCUGCAAGUACGAUAGGAGACCUUCGUAACUGUCCAAGCGACUGCGGCCAGAGGAUAAGGAUGAGACGGGUCCUCAUGAACUCCCCUGAGAUAGUUACCAUCGGCUUCGUCUGGGACUCCGACCAGUCAGACCUCACAGAGGAUGUUAUCAGAUCACUGGGGCCUCAUCUAAGUCUUUCUGCACUCUUCUACAGGGUGACAGAUGAGCAUGCCAAAAAGGGAGAGCUGCUCCUCGUGGGAAUGAUCUGCUACUACAGCCACCACUACUGUGCCUUCGCCUUCCACACCAAGUCUUCCAAAUGGGUCUUCUUUGACGAUGCCACGGUGAAAGAGAUCGGCUCCAGGUGGAAAGAUGUGGUCAGCAAAUGUAUCAAAGGUCACUUCCAGCCUCUCCUCCUCUUUUACUCCAACCCUGACGGGAGCGCAAUCACCUCUGAUGAUGCCUCAAGACAAAACAACACCCAGUCUCACUACAAGACGCCUGUGAAUGGAGACAUACAAGGUUUUGAUUCUCCAGUCAUAACUCCAAAGAAAUUGGACCUCACCAGGGAGAAUCUGAAUGCUUUUCUGGAGCAGGGCUCUUUCAAACAGCAAAGUCCUUCAAACUUCAGCAGGGGCAGCGCUCAGACCAGUGCAGGACGGGGACCAGUGAAAAUGGGCGAUCCCAAGAGUCGCCUCAGGGACAUUUCUCGAGAAGUCGCCCAGAAAGCAGGAGAGGUGCGCGGGAUGCAUCCAUCCAGAAGAGACCCUGAUCGGAGCGGUCAACGGAGGCCGGAGUCACGCUACAGAGAUCCAGGCCAUGACAGGACCUACUCCCGCUCCGUCUCCCCUCCAGAGAACGGCUUCAGACAACACCUUGAAACCCGCCUGUACAGCAGCCAAGGAAAGGGUCCCACUCGGACUGAGAGAACGCCCCAUCUCGGUGGACGGUCCUCACACGAGCCCGCUCGCUCUCACUCGAGGGUUCAAGUGCUGCCCAAUGUGCCCAGUAGCAGCAGUGGGCAUCACAGCCGGAGGCUGGAGCAGCCCUCCAAUGGAUACGACACCGACAGCAGCCAGGACUCACGAGAGCGUACUGGAAGCGGAGGGAAUGGCCGCAGCAGGGCCAGCCGCCCCUGGAAGCCCAUGCGAGAGGCACUAAAUGUGGACAGUGUUAUAAGCAGCAGUGGUGGGAAUUCAGUGAAUCAAGAGCGAAGACAGCACAGCCCACGGAGGAGACCCAGCAGUCAGUCGCCAUCCCGUGACCGAGAGCGGGACAGAGAUUAUACCUGGGGAGGACGAGAAGAGCGCAAACCCAAGAACCUGAUGACAAUUUACGAGGACGAGCAGAGGCAUGAAACUGGAGGCAGCAGAAGCUCGCUGGACUCAGACAGCCGGGGCGGCUACAGUGACAAGGACAGGUCAAAGGGCUCAGCAACUCUAAAAGUGCGGAAUGACAACUGGAAGAUCCAGAGGACUGAAUCUGGAUAUGAAAGCAGCGAUAGGCUGAGCAACGGCUCAGCAAACCUGGACUCUCCUGUUGUGGAGAACCUGUCCUCCAAGGACCUGCGGCCCAUUCCUGAGCUGCAUCUAACGAGGGAUCACUUCCCUCAGAGAAAAAAUGAUGAUUUGAAGGCUGACGUCUUGCACUCUGCAUUUUCCACUGGUGAACUAGGACGGACAUCACCAGAUCUACAAGAUGAACACAUGCUAUCUGGUCAACCAAUACACAGAAGAAGAGCCUUCAGAUACACUCCUGGGAUCUUUGAAAAGAACGACGGCUUGGACAGCGAGCAAGAGGAUAAUGUGGAUGGCAGCCCUGUGAGUCCUGUCCCCCCGUACUUAGCAAAGACCAGCAGUUCAGAGUGGAACAGCUCCGAUGACCUCGCCGGACCUUUCUCUGAACAAGAAGAGACUGGCACUGCCGCCCUAAAUGACCCUUUCUCGCACAACUACCCCCCACCUUUACCUCCAAAGACCUUUGGCAGCAGUCACACUGACCCAUCUGGCGUCCACUCACAUCCGCCGGAGGUACCAGCACGACUGAGCCCCCGCCAUGAACCCAAAAACGGCCUGUCCCCGCUCUCGCACACCACCUUGCGUCGGUGGAUCGAGACGCCUGCCGAGCAGAGGCUUUCAUCAGACGCCAGCUCCAAGUCAGGGUCGUCAGACCAGGACCGGAAUGAUCUGUCGGCUAGCGAAAGCGAUGAGAGGUUACCAAGUCCGUACCCAGGACGCGAAGACGGUACAGACUCCCCCAGUCUCUCAGAUAUGGCUCUUCCCACCACAUAUUUCUCUGUGGAUAACUGUAUGACAGACACUUACCGAGCUAAAUACCAUAAAAGACCUGCUCAGUAUAUGAAAGCAGAGGACCACACGUCAUCAGGGGAGAGCGAUUUAGAAGUGAAGGGGCUUCCUUUGCCAGAUGUUCAGCCACCAGAGCCUUCCAAAACGAGAGCAGAACCAGGCUACUCAACUACGAAGACAACUGCUAAGUGGAAUCCAAUAACUCCAAAAGGACUCGAUGAGCAUGGUUUCCUCUGAUUUUAGCUGAAGCAUCAACACGAUCCAGCAACUGGAUGCCCAAAGGACUUUUCCUGCACUACGACUGCUACACUUCUAACUGGGAUGUGAAUUUGCUUCGUCAGAACAGAAAAGUUGGACCUGAAACUGGAUGCCAAAGAAAUUGUAAAAAAGGAAGUCUGGUGUCCUGAAUAGCUAUCUUGCUGUUUCAGUAUGAAGUACUAAAAAGCUUUGAAUGAAAAGUGAAUUUGCACAGUAGAAAGCACCAAAAAAGGUACAGAGACAGAAAUAUGCCUAACACAUUUUGCUGGUGAUCAUGUUAGCUUAGAAGCAAAGGGUUUGGUUCCUAAAGAAUGUGUCACAAAAAGCCACUUUAUCACACAAGAGAUUAUAUAACAUGAAAUAAUAACCACUUUAUUGCAGUUCUCCUUCGUCUCACUCCGUGGAAGCGUUUCUGUCUUUUGUUUCUUCACCACUCCCAUGUCAGUGUUAUUGGAUGUCAGUCCCUGUUUUCUUAUUUUUGGACACAAUAUUCCUACCUUUUUAGAUGCUUUGGAUAGUUCUUCAAUCAGAUCAUGGGUUUUCUUUUCAACAAUUUGGACACUCUUUUGGCACAUCUUAAAAAAUGGAUCCCAAGGAUCUGUGAAUGUGAAUGUAAUGCCCACGUAUGUAGGUCUCCAUCAAAUUAGACCCAAUCACUUGUCGGUAAGACAUUCAAACUGAAGACCUCAGAUUCUUGUUGGUA